AUGAAGAAAUCACAAUUCAAAAUUGGUGGAUACGCUAAGUACAGAGAACUGCAUGCAGUGAUGAAUCACAUUGUGUGGAAUUCUCCUUCAACUGAAUCAUUCGAGUCUGAUUGGGCUGGUUUCAUCAAACAGUUCAAGUUAGGCCAAAACAGAUGGUUAGCAGACCUUUACGCGAAUCGACAAAAGUGGGUUCCAAUAUUUUUCAAGAGUGAAUUUUGGGCAGGCAUGAGGAGUACACAGCGUAGUGAAAGUAUGCACGCAUUUUAUGGUGGAUACCUACAUUGCAAGAGUGGGUUGGUUCAGUUCGUCCAUGAAUACGACAAUGUCCUCGGAACCAAGGAGCAAAAGGAGCUAGAAGAUGAUGCUGCAGACUCGAAAGGUGUCAUCCCAUGUAUAGGGAGCACGGGCAUUGAGAGACAGUUUCAGCAGAAAUACACCAGUAGUAUGUUCAGGAUUUUUCAACUGGAGGGAAGAAAAAAAACUGAUUGCGUGGUUCGGGUCGACUUUGACCCUUUGAGUCGAAAGGGUCAGUGCGAGUGCAACAAGUUUGAAUCCGCUGGUAUAUUGUGUUGCCACACCCUUGCGGUCUGGUCAUACUACAGAGUUGACAUAGUACCGAGCUGCUAUGUUCUUCCUCGAUGGAGUAAGAAUGUCAUCCGCGAGCACACUUACGUCAAGAGUAGCCAUGACGUGGCUCGGAGUGAUGAAAGCAACAACUUGUUCAGGCAUCUGUGUUCAGAGUUCUAUAACGUUGUGCAUGAGUUUGUUGCUUGUGAUGAGGAAGCAACCAUCUUGCGAGCUGCCCUUUGGGAUGCAAAGUCCAAGCUAAUUGAUUACCGUGCCAGCAUGCGUUCCACUACUGCUGCUGCAUCUCAGAAUGCCGUGCCCACACAGAGCACAGGCGGUGCGAUUGUACAUGACAUUCAGGACCCUCAAGAGUCAAAACCAAAGGACGGCCUAAGGAUGAGGUUGACCUUCCGUCAGAUAAUAAUCAUCAUGGGUCUCUUAGUAAAAGAUUUGAGGAUUUUACUAUGUGGAACUCAUCGGAAGGUGGCGGAUUCAUGCACCUGUUGA